GCAUGGGGUGCUGAAAUUUGAGAUUCCGGCCUUCGUGGGAGGAGGCUGGAAAGAGAGACAGAGAGAGACAGAGAGAGGAAGAGACAGUUGGGUUGGGUUGGUUUUCUGCAGCAGGCGGCCUGGGGGGCGUGUGUGAGUCUGUGAGUGUGUGUGCACACGUCUGUGGGUUGUUUUCUUUCCUGCGCCCUCACAGGGAGGCCGGGUCCCCCUGGGAAAUAAGGGCUCUGAGGCCCCUACGAUCAGCAAGGCUGGUGCACAGACAGGGUAGCAGGAGGGCCCGCGAGAGGAAGGAAGGGAAAGGGGAAGAACAGAGGUGAGGGAGAGCGGAGCGAGCAGGGCGGUGGGCGGAGCUGAGCAGCUGUGGCAUCUGGAACAAGUAUAAAUAGCUGUCUGGGUGGAGCUUGGCCAAACAGGGGUUUGCAGCUGCAGCGGUUCUAGGGCAGACCUGUCCACUGCUGGCCACAGCGGGGACACCCAGGCACGGAGCGGGGCCGGGGGGCUCUGACCAGACACCCCUCACCAUCACCACAUCUCUGGAUGCUCUCCUGGCCGGCCAUGCUGCUGGGGGGCCUCCUCCUCACGGUGGCCACCCUGACUGUGGCCCAGCGGAGGGGGCAGGAGGUGAGAGAGCGCCGCCUGGCGCAUCGCGUCCAGCACGGCCAGUGCAGCUACACCUUCCUGCUGCCCGAGCCGGAGGCCUGCGCUCCAGAGACUGGGGGGACCUUCAGGGGCUCCAACAGCCUCCAGAGGGACUCGCUGAACCUAGUGGCCUGGCCUACCAAGCGGAUGCAACACCUGGAGAAGAUGCUGGAGAACAACACGCAGCGGCUGCAGAAGCUGGAAAGGUACAUCCAGACGAACUUGAGGUCGCAGCUGGCGCAGGCACGGCAGCACGUGGUCCAGAACCAGACGGCCGCCGUGCUGGAGCUGGGCACCAGCCUCUUGAACCAGACCACCGCCCAGGCCCACCGGCUGACUGACAUGGAGGCUCAGGUGCUGAACCAGACAUCCAGAAUGGAGAUCCAGAUGCAGGAGACCUCGCUGUCUACCAACAAGCUGGAGAAACAGCUGUUUCUACAGGGCCUUGAGCUCCACCGGCUACAGGACUACAACAGCGCGCUGGAGACCCGGCUGCGAGCCCUGGAGACACAGCAGCAAGCGCAGCUGGCCAGCCUCCGCCAGGAGAAGGAGCGGCUGGGGAGCCUGCUGAGCCGCCAGAACGGCGCCCUCGCCGGCCUCGCGCGCAGCCUGCGCGCUGCCAGAAGCAACUCCAGCCUCCUGCAGAGGCAGCAGGACCGACUGCUGGAGUCCAUGAAGCGCCUGCUGCGCACGGUGGCCCAGGGCCCGUCCCAGCUCACUGUCACUUCCUCUAGGAAACCUUCGCAGGUCCGAUUCAUCUCCCUGUCCCCAGCACCUCCCAACCAGGAACCUGGCACCGAGCAGUUCUUUUUGCUUCGUCCAGUUGCAGCUGAGCGGGUGUUCCAGGACUGCGCAGAGAUCCAGAGCUUUGGGGCCAAUACUAGUGGCAUCUACACCAUCCAUGUGGCCAAUAUGACAGAGCCCAGAAAGGUUUUCUGUGACAUGGAAGCCAAUGGAGGUGGGUGGACCCUCAUUCAGCGCCGUGCGAAUGGCAGCGUGAAUUUUCAGCGGAACUGGAAAGAUUAUAAGCAGGGCUUCGGUGACCUGGCUGGGGAGCACUGGCUGGGCAACGAGUUGGUGCACCAUCUCACCAGCAGGGCUGCCUACUCUCUGCGUGUGGAGCUGCAAGACUGGGAAGGCAAUGAGGCCUAUGCCCAAUAUGAGCGUUUCCAGCUGGGCAGCGAGGGGCAGCUGUACAGGCUUUCUCUGAGCGGGUACAGUGGCUCGGCGGGGCCCCAGAGCAGCCUGGCCCUGGAGGGCACCAACUUCAGCACCCGAGACGCAGACAACGACAACUGCCUGUGCAAGUGCGCCCAGAUGCUGUCCGGAGGGUGGUGGUUUGACGCCUGUGGCCUCUCAAACCUGAACGGCAUCUACUACCCAGCUGGCCGCCACCUGCGCAAGCUCAACGGCAUCCGCUGGCACUACUUCCAGGGCCCCAGCUACUCGCUGCGGGCCACUCGCAUGAUGGUGCGUCCCAUCGGCACCUAACAGCAGCCUCGCGCACAGGCUGGGCCACAGGAGGAGACGGGACUUGCUAUGCCCUGGGCAAGCUGGGCUCCAGCACAGGACACGGUGCCAGGGCCUGGACACCUGGAUCUCCCGAGCCAGCCCUCCUCGCCCCACGAGUCCCCAAGAGUCAGCUGCCUUGCUUCCCUGUUGUCCUCAAGUUGUGACAUGGGGGGCGUUUAGGGGUUCCUCUCUCUGCAGGACCCCUCUUUUCUCCAGUCUUCUGCAGGGACCCCUGCCAACCUGAGGGUCACAAUACCCUGAAUGAGCUGAGAACAGACACCUUGGCUCCUCCAAGGAACGCCUGGCUAGGGGGGGAAUUUCAGGCAGGUGGGAGGGUAGCUGCAGGCAGGAAAGUGCUCAGAUGGAGCCCCAGAUUCUAGCCCCAGAGUUGGUGGGAAGGCCAGCGCCUGUCCCAAGCCUUCUCAGCCUUGAGCUGUCCUUGAACUGUCCCAGGCUGAAAGGCCUGCGUCUACCCCAUAACAGGAAUCAUUAUUUCUACCCCACACGGCCCAUCACUCCCGGCCCCAGCAUCUGGAACUCAACCCUGGUCUCUCAAGCGUUCCAGGAGAUCUAACAGAGAUAUCUUUACCCUCAGCAGGUUCCAGAAUAUGUUCCACAGAGAAUAACUCACACUCCCUCUCAAAGUACCUCUGGUCAAGUGAGAGAGGAGAGCGCCAGGUUAAGUCAAUGACGACAGGCAUUCCUAGCUGCAGGACUUGUCAGAGCGUGUAAUGUGGUCAUGUACUUUGUGACUGCCCGUGAAAGGGCUAGGGUGGGCAGCUUUCUCCAUGUGCUUAUUCGAAAAUGGGCUCUGCUUCUCCCGGAGCAUCUCUCGGUGCGGUGGAUGCCUCUGGAAAAAGCUAGUCCUCACGUGUCAUGAGGAGGAGCCCCAGGGCGCCAUCUCCCACCCCCAGCGACUCAUCCUUUCUGGCUGCAAACGCCACAGUGAAGGCCUCACGUAGUCUCUAAAACAAUUGGAAAGAAAUGUUGGAUUAAAACAGACACACUCCAUCCCUGAGUUUCCUGUCUGCUAUGGGCCAGUGAUCUCCCAGGCUCCUUUUGGCCCCAGGAAGCCAGCUCUCUGCCUAGGGCUGCCCUCGGCACUCCCUGUAAGCCCAGCUCACCCUCGCUCAAGUACAGGCACUGCCAGGGACUGUCCACACUGCCGUGGGCAGGACACCCAUCUGCAGGUCCAGCUACUCCCAGGUCUAAGCCGGAACCCCUAGCCCUCUCCUGCCCCAUCCAACAUGAUGUUACAGCUGGGGGUCUGGGAGACCAAGGACUCCUCAUGAGCUUCUGUCAGAGGACAAGGUCAGAGAGGAGCCUCUGCCAUCCCCCCUUCACUGUGUCACCCUCUUCAGUCCCAAUGAGGCCUACUGUGUGCAGUGUGGUACCGUGGGCAGGGCUGGGAGUUGGACAGACCUGCUCCAGCUCUUUGGACUUGAGGCCUGUGGCUCAGCCUCUUGUAGCCUCAAUUAUCUUGUCUGUGAAAUGGAGGUGAUGGCCCUCACUCCUGUCUGAGCUGGGGCAAGGAGGCGAUGAGACCCUGUAUGUCAACUUCUGACCAGAGCCUGGUAUGAAGCAGGUGCCUAAUAAAUAUUAGUUCCCAAAGAGGUGAAUGGGGUGAGAAAUUGCCUCUAGUGUAUGUCAUCCCUGCUGCUGGACCCAGUAGGGUGAGCAUGUAUUACUGUAUCCACAGCAUUUAUUUGUGUACUGCUAUGUGCUGGAGCGGAGUGGAGGGCGGAGCUGGGAGCCUCAGGGACAGACUCCUCUGCAUGGGGUGAAGGCCCAAAUUCCUGUCUGCACCCCCGUUCUCUAAAAGGUCAAAAAGCUGGUUUGGUUACCC